AUGCCAGGCAAAGGAGAUUGUGGAGAUGACGUUGAUCCCAUGCCUUUCCUGGCUCCUAGUGAAAAGGAGAAGCUGGAAUUCAUGAAGAAGCCCUAUGACAUCAAGAAGUCCUGCUGGGUGAAGGAUGAAAAGGAAGGUUUUCUUGAAGGAGAGAUCCAGUCUGAGAAAGAUGACCAAGUAACUGUAAAAACCAUCAAGAAUACGACUGUGACUCUAAAGAAAGAAUUUGUUCAGCAAAUGAAUCCACCCAAGUUUUGUCAAGCUACAGACAUGGCCAACCUGACCUUUUUAAAUGAGGCCAGCGUUCUUGUGAAUCUGCGUGAUCGCUAUGUCAACAUGCGAAUCUAUACAUAUUCUGGGUUGUUCUGUGUAACAGUGAACCCCUACAAGUGGCUGCCCAUUUAUGGUGCCAGAGUGGCUAAUAUGUACAAGGGCAAGAAGCGCAGUGAGAUGCCUCCUCAUCUUUUCUCAAUCUCAGACAACGCCUAUCAUGACAUGCUCAUGGAGCGUGAAAACCAGUCAAUGCUCAUCACCGGAGAAUCUGGUGCUGGAAAGACUGAAAAUACCAAGAAGGUUAUUCAGUAUUUUGCUAAUAUCGGGGGCAGUAAGUCGGCUGGUGGUGAUACAAAGGGCUCCCUGGAAGAUCAAAUCAUCCAGGCCAACCCUGUACUGGAAGCAUUUGGCAAUGCCAAAACCACCAGGAACAACAACUCCUCGCGCUUUGGAAAAUUCAUUCGGAUUCACUUUGGUCCAUCUGGCAAACUUUCUGGUGCUGAUAUUGAGAGUUAUUUGCUUGAAAAAUCCCGUGUGAUCUCGCAACAAGCAGCUGAGAGAGGCUAUCACAUCUUCUAUCAGAUCCUCUCUGGAAAGAUGCCAGCCUUACUGGAUUCACUGUUGUUGACUGCUGAUCCUAACCAAUAUUUCUGGGUGUGUCAGGGGGUUGUAAGUGUGGAUAACAUGGAUGAUGGCGAAGAGCUGGGUCUCACUGAUGUUGCCUUUGAUGUACUUGGCUUCAAUGCUGAAGAGAAACUGAACAUCUACAAGCUGACAGGGGCCAUUAUGCACUUUGGUAACAUGAAGUUCAAGCAAAAACCAAGAGAUGAACAAGCAGAAGUGGACACUCCAGAAGUGGCAGACAAAGUUGCGCACUUGAUGUCUCUCAAUUCGGGUGAGCUACAGAAGGGCAUCACCAGGCCAAGAGUGAAGGUUGGCAAUGAGUUUGUGCAGAAAGGCCAGAACAUGGACCAGUGCUACAAUGCAGUUGGUGCAUUAGCAAAGGCUGUUUAUGACAAAAUGUUCAAGUGGAUGGUUGUGAGAAUCAACAAGACCUUAGAUACCAAGUUACAGCGUCAGUACUUCAUAGGAGUGCUGGAUAUUGCUGGCUUUGAGAUUUUUGAGUUCAACAGCUUUGAGCAACUCUGCAUCAACUUCACCAAUGAGAAACUGCAGCAGUUUUUCAAUCACCACAUGUUUGUCCUGGAACAGGAAGAAUAUAAGAAAGAAGGGAUUGUUUGGGAGUUUAUUGACUUUGGCAUGGACCUCCAGGCUUGCAUUGAGCUUCUGGAAAAGCCUAUGGGCAUCUUCUCCAUCCUGGAAGAACAAUGUGUGUUUCCUAAAGCCACAGAUGCAACAUUUAAGGCUGCCCUCUAUGACAAUCAUUUGGGCAAGUCCAGUAAUUUCUUGAAACCUAAAGGUGGUAAAGGCAAAGCAGAAGCCACCUUUGAGCUUGUCCACUAUGCUGGCACAGUUGGUUACAACACUCAAGGUUGGCUGGAGAAGAAUAAAGAUCCCUUGAAUGAAACUGUGGUUGGCCUUUUCCAGAAAGCAGGCCAGACCCUGUUGCCCAUUCUAUUUAAAGAAGAAGAAGCACCAGCUGGUGGAAAGAAACAGAAGAAAGGCUCUUCUUUCCAGACUGUUUCUGCAUUUUACAGGGAACAGCUGAACAAGCUGAUGACCACACUGCGUAGCACAGCUCCCCAUUUUGUGCGGUGUAUUGUACCAAAUGAAUACAAACAGUCAGGUGUAUGUGAUGCAGGCCUGGUUCUUCACCAGCUGGCAUGUAACGGUGUACUGGAGGGAAUCCGUAUCUGUAGGAAAGGUUUCCCCAACAGGCUGCAGUAUGCUGAGUUUAAACAGAGAUACCAUAUCUUAAACCCCAACGUCAUCCCCAAGGGAUUUGUUGAUAAUAAGAAAGCAUCAGAAUUGGUCCUUGGUUCAAUUGGCCUAACCAAUGAUGAAUACAAAAUUGGCCACACAAAGGUGUUUUUCCGUGCUGGUGUUCUGGCUAAGCUUGAGGAUUUCCGUGAUGAGCGACUGGCAAAGAUUCUAACAAUGAUUCAGUCUCGUUCACGUGGCAUGCUGAUGCGAAUCGAGUUCAAAAAGAUGCUGGAAAGAAGAAUGGCUCUGAUAGUUAUUCAACGAAAUAUCCGCAAAUUUCUACAAUUACGCUUCUGGGGCUGGUGGAAGCUGUACACUAAGGUUAAGCCUCUGUUGAACGUGGCUCGCCAAGAGGAUGAGAUGAAACAGAAAGAGGAAGAGCUAAGAGCUGCAAUGGAAAAGACCAAUGAUCUACUUAACCGUAUUAAGGAACUCGAGGAGAAGACGGCAACUCUCUCACAGGAAAAGAAUGACCUCUUAUUGCAAGUCCAGGCUGAGCAAGAAAAUAUAUCUGAUCUUGAGGAACGUCUCACUCUACUGAUGAAGACAAAAAUGGAGAAUGAAAAUCUGAUCUCAGAUAUGAAGGAACGCCUAGAGGAGGAAGAGAACUCAAGUUCACACCUCUCUUCUCAGAAAAGGAAACUGGAGACCGAAUUGUCUGAUCUGAAACUGGAUCUCGAGGGCCUGGAAACAACUCUUGUAAAAACUGAGAAAGAGAAGCAGGCUCUGGACAGCAAGGUCCGCUCCCUCACAAGUGACCUCAAUCAGCGAGAUGAUGCAAUUGCUAAACUUCAAAAGGACAAGCGAGCCUUGGAUGAACUUCAUCAGAAAACACUAGAUGAUCUUCAAUCUGAGGAAGAUAAAGUCAAUCAUCUCACCAAAACCAACGGAAAGCUCAACUCCCAGAUUCAAGAGCUGGAAGAUAACUGGAGCCAAGAGAAGAAGAUAAGGACUGAGGUAGAGAAAGCUCGAAGAAAGGCUGAGGGAGAUUUGAAGAUGACAAUUGAGAACCUGAAUGAAAUGGAAAGAGUAAAGCUUGAUCUGGAAGAGAUUCUCAAAAAGAAAGACCUCGAGAUCAAUUCAUUGAACUCCAAGUGGGAAGAUGAACAGUCUCUGAACACCACAUUACACAGGAAGCUUAAAGAGCAUCAGUCUCGAAUUGAAGAAUUGGAAGAGGAACUUGAGGGAGAGCGGGCCAUGAGGGCCAAGGUUGAGAAGCAGCGAGCUGAAUACUCCCGUGAAUUGGAGGAACUCAGUGACAGACUGGAAGAAGCUGGUGGUGCCACAGUAUCUCAGAUUGAGAUGAACAGGAAGCGUGAGACAGAACUUCUGAAGCUGCGACGAGAACUGGAAGAAUCUGCUCUUCAGGCUGAAGCGACAGCUUCCGCACUUCGGAAAAAGCACACUGACUCCAUUGCUGAGCUGACGGAGCACAUUGAGAACUUGCAGAGGGUCAAGGGCAAACUUGAAAAGGACAAACAGGUCAUGAAAGCUGAGAUUGAUGACCUCAACAGCAAUACAGAGACCUUGCAGAAAGCCAAGCUGAACGCUGAUAUGCAUGUUCGGAAGCUGGAAGACAGCAUAACAGAGGCUAAUGCCAAAUAUUCUGAAAUGGAAAGAAACUUAACUGAAGCUAAUACUGUGAAGACCAGGCUGCAAGCUGAAAACAGUGAGCUGACUCGCGAAUAUGAGGAGGCGCAAAGCAGACUGAACCAGCUGAUCAGGACCAAAACUACACUUUCUUCUCAAGUUGAAGAGCUCAAGAGACAACUGGAAGAAGAGUCAAGGGCCAGAAGUGGUGCGAUGGUGGGUCUAGCCAAUGCUAAACAUGACAUGGACCUAACAAAGGAACAAUUGGAAGAAGAACAGGAAAGCAAAGCUGAGUUGCAACGACUGGUUUCUAAACUGAACAGUGAAGUCACAACAUGGAGGACCAAGUAUGAGACUGAUGCCAUUCAGAAGACAGAGGAGCUGGAAGAGACAAAGAGAAAACUGGCUGCUCGGUUACAGGAAGCUGAAGAAGCUGCUGAGUCUGCACAAGCCCGAGCAGCUAGCCUGGAAAAAUCAAAGCAGAGGCUUACCGGAGAAGUGGAAGACUUAACCAUCGAGCUGGAAAAGGCAAAUGCUGCUGCAGCUCUGCUGGACAAAAAACAACGAUCCUUUGACAAAAUGCUUUCAGAAUGGCAGCAGAAAUAUGAAGAGGUACAGGUUGAACUUGACAACUCACAGAAGGAGUGCAGGACCUACGUAACAGAAGUCUUCAAACUGAAAACAAGUUAUGAGGAGAUUAUUGAACAGCUUGAGAUUGUGAAGAAAGAUAAUAAGAAUCUGCAAGAUGAGGUUAAGGAACUGGUGGAUCAGCUCACAGAGGGUGGAAAGAGUGUGCAUGAGCUGCAGAAAUUAAAGAAAAAGCUAGAAAUCGAAAAAGAUGAACUGCAGCUGGCUCUGGAAGAGGCUGAAAGUUCUCUGGAGUCAGAGGAGGCCAAAGUGGUUCGGGUACAGCUGGAACUGGCACAAGUGAAGGCAGACAUUGAGAGGAGAAUCCAUGAGAAAGAGGAGGAAUUUGAAACCACCAGAAAGAACCACCAGCGUGCCAUUGAAUCACUGCAAGCCAGCUUAGAGGUUGAAUCUAAGGGCCGUGCUGAGGCACUGAGAUUGAAGAAGAAGAUGGAGGCUGAUGUGAAUGAGAUGGAGAUCCAGCUUGAACAUGCAAACAAGAACAAUGCAGAGCUGGUCAAGACCCUGAAGAAGCUUCAGCAACAGCUUAAGGAAACACAAGCUCAAAUGGAUGAAGAUGCUCGCCGGCACGAAGAGCUGCGUGAACAGUACAAUCUAUCAGAACGGCGCAUUAGUCUCCUGCAGACAGAGCUGGAGGAGCAUCGCAACACACUGGAAUCAAGCGAGCGAUCUCGCAAGCAAACAGAACAAGAACUAGUAGAAGUAACUGAACGGUACAAUGAACUCAACGUGCAGAACAGCACCUUAUUGGGGUAUAAACGGAAACUGGAAGGGGAUCUUCAGACACUCACCAAUGAGCAUGAAGAACUGAUCCAUGAGUUCCGUUCUGCUGAUGAGAAAGCCAAAAAAGCCAUGCUUGACGCUUCCCGUAUGGCUGAGGAGCUGAGGCAAGAACAGGAGCAUUGCAUGCACCUGGAGAAAAUAAAGAAGAACUCUGAGAUUACUAUCAAGGAUUUGCAGGGUAAACUGGAGGAGGCUGAACAAAUGGCCCUUAAGGGUGGACGUCGCAUUAUCCAGAAACUGGAGGCAAAGAUCAAGGAACUGGAAUCUGAGCUGGACACGGAACAGAAACGCCACGUGGAAACAGUGAAAAAUCUGCGUAAGAAUGAACGUCGGCUGAAGGAGCUGAUCUUUCAAACUGAAGAAGAUCACAAGACUAACCAACGUAUGCAGGAACUGGUUGAAAAACUACAGAACAAGCUGAAGAGCUAUAAGAGGCAGAUUGAGGAGUCUGAGGAACAGGCUAACCAAAGCCUGGUAAAAUACAGGAAGACUGUCCAUGAGCUGGAUGAUGCCGAAGAGAGAGCAGGGAUGGCAGAAUGUGCUCUGAACAAACUCCGCACCAGGAACCGGGUUUCUGCAAGCAAAGGUUACAGCACCAUUGAGGUCAUCCAAGUGUCCUCCAAGUCCACUACUGAGGAGUAGGCAGAAGCUUCAUCCAUUUCGGCUGGGUUAUGCAUGCCUUCCAUGACAGCUGUCAGCCAUUCAGUUGAAGACUAUAUCUGCUGAAAACCUGUCAGGCUUUUCAAAGGAUACUGGAAAAUUUCCCAUCAAAAAUCAACAAAGAUCACAAAUUCAUCUAAUUGUUGAGCUGUUUAGAACAAUUGCACAGAGUUCCAUCCCUCCUGACAUAGACAGAUAUCUCUAAUAACAAUGGUGACAGAAAGAACAUUUGCACUCUCAAGUCAAGGAUAGAGUUGUGCAAUUCCAUGUAUAACCUCUCUGAAUGUGUAAAUACCC